AUGGCAACGGCAAAAUUCAAGGAACCAUCUCCGUACUCGAAACCGCGAGCCGCACCGCCCGUGCAGGACUUCCUCCACACACAGUACUUAGCGGACCUGACGUUGAAAAAGGAUCUACAUCAUCCUAAGGUGAAGCUGGCGUUGUUCGGUGUUGGCCGCGCUGGUACCAUUCAUUUGGGGAACAUACUCAGGAGCCCGCGUGUCAAACUGCUUUACAUCGUCGACGAUGUGGAGUCGAAAUGGGGAAAGCUCAAAGAGUACUGGCAGCUGGAGGAUGUUAUCUUCCUCACUAGUAAACAGGCCGACAAAGUGUACAACGAUCCUAACAUAGAUGCGGUGGUCGUCGCCUCGCCCACGUACACGCAUCAAAUGAUCGUGAGUAAAGCGCUCCAGGCAAAGAAAGCUGUGUUCUGUGAGAAGCCGAUUGCCCAGGAUAUUGCAACGACCAACGAGUGCUACCAUACAGCCAUGAAAGUUGGUAAACCCUUGUUCUGCGCGUUCAAUCGACGUUUCGAUCCUGCCUACGAAACAGUUAAGCAGAGAGUUAGAAACGGAGAGGUGGGUCACGUGCAUCUGAUCAAAACCGUCGCCAGAGACUCGCCGAUGCCGACCAUGGAGUACAUAAAAGUAUCCGGCGGUAUAUUCCACGACUGCAUGGUUCACGAUAUAGAUAUAAUGACCUGGGUCCUUGGCGAGUAUCCCAUCAAGGUCUCUGUGCAAGCUCACGCGCACACACCGGAAAUCAAAGCGAUCGACGAUUACGACACUGUCGUUGUGUCUCUCCACUUCCCCUCUGGUACUUUGGGUGUGAUCGACGUGUCAAGGAACAGCGUGUUCGGUUACGAUCAACGGCUGGAAGUGUUCGGUCCAAAAGGGAUGAUCUCCGCGGACAACGAACAACCGAUGCACGCCGUCACGUCGCAGAUAGGAUUGCAGGGUCAGACCUCUGCUCCGAUCUGGUAUUCGUUCCCCAGCAGAUUCAUGAACGGCUACCGCCGUGAACUAGACCACUUCUUGGACGUGGUUGUAGGUAAAUCCGUCCCCUCGGUGCAACCGAAAGAGACGCUGGCCGUCUCGAAGAUUGCUUCCGCCUGUGAAGAAUCCGCGAAAACCGGGAAAAUGGUUGAGAUCAAAUGGGCACCGAAGGAACUACCGGAGAUCGUCUGAUUCCCGUUAGAUCGAUUUUGUACCUAAGAAUUCUCCUCUUCCGAAAAAUAAUAAUUUCUAAUAAUUGAAACGAUGAGUUCCUAUCUAUUCGAUCGUAUCUCCUUCCUGUCAACGCGCACAAGAGUGAAGAAACUCGGAUGAACCAUAUUUUGUUAUACGUCUUUUUAUGGAUAUAAUAAUAUAAAGAAAAUACAGAAAAAUACCAUGUACCCUAAAUAGACAGACAGUUGACACAAAAUACGUCGACUUCGAUGCGAAAAGAAGAGAACGAAACAAUAAAAGUUGCGAUAAGUUUA